AAAAAUAGUCCGUUCUGAGCCCAUCACAGAGGUGGUUUUAAUGUAACCAUCGUGCAAGAGAUUAGUACACAAUGGUGAACGCCGAACAGUUAAGCUCCUCGGCCCUUUACUUCGCGGCUUCAGCGAUGUUGACCAGCAUUGUGUCGGUGUCCAUAGAUACGUGGGAAAUCACGAACACUAUCCCUUCAUCCGGGAACUUCCGACGGGGCUUGUGGCGGGCAUGCGAGAACGAGAUCUGUGACCGACUACCAGACACAAAGUUUCUUUUGGUGGUUCGCGUCUUCAUGCUUCUUGGGGUUCUUGGUUUGACCCUCAGUGUGGUGGUUCAGGUAGUAACUGGGCGGGUCGUAAGUUCAAGUGCCGUGCUGACCAAUGUGGGGACGAUGGGUCCUUUCAUUGCAGGCUUAUGUUGCAUGAUUGCAUUUGCCGUGUACAAGGACAACAUCAAAGUCACUAGUUCGGGAAAGGAGUGUGGAUCCGGAUUUGUGCUGGCGAUUGUCUCGUGGAUCUUAGCGUGGCUCUCGGCAUUCCUCGGUUAUUAUCGUAAGUUUUCGGACGGUUCCGAAGAAACGAAACGAGAAGUAUCCGGAGUAUCAAACGUGACGUAUUCCACGGCUCCUUAGACAAAGAAUAAAUAAGACUUUGUUCUACGUGCUCGAUGAAUGAUUAUGCUGUUUCUUGUCCGAAAUACCGAAAUAUAACGCACACUAAUCUUCUGAAUGCUCAUAAAUAUUAUCUAUAUAUAAUUUAAAAAUAUAUAAUAUCAAACAAUUUGUUUACAAACAUCAUCCUUAAUUUAAAUCAUUUGUAAGUAAGUCAUUAUAUUAGUCGUGUUCUGAGAAAACUGGUGAUAAUGCAUGUGCGUUAAGUGUCGUCCCAGAUUAGCCUGUGCAGUCCGCACAGGCAAAAUGAACGACACUUUUCGCUUAAACUAGAUUUUCGGUAAAAAGGGACUUCCUUUAGACGGAAAAUACCAUCAAAGCGGAAAGUGUCGUCCCUGAUUAGCCUGUGCGGACUGAACAGGCUAAUCUGGGACGACACUUCACGCACAUGCACUUUGCCCAAUUUUCACAGAACAAGACACAUAUAUUUGUAAUUAAUCUUUUAUUGACUAAAGCUCGUCCUUAUUAUUCGUGUUCAUGUGUGCUACUUACUUUGUUUAUAUUUAGUCAGCUAUGAAAUAGUUUAAUAUUCA